AUGGCUCCAAUUGCACUCGACGUCCCUUCUUCUCAUGAUUCCAACGACAAGAUAACGCUUAUCAAACCAUGGAGCCGCCCGAAGCAGACGAGCGAGCAUCUCGACUGGGCAGAGUUACCAAAGCUUGACCUAUCGCGCUUCGACGAGCCGGGAGGGAAGCAAGAGCUGGCACACCAGCUUCACGAUGCCAUCACAAGGCUUGGAUUCUGGUCUGUCGUCAACACCGGCCUCGACGAUGAACGAGUCUUGCGUCAGUUCAGCAUCGGUAACACAUUCUUCAAGGAGCCGAUCGAGGAGAAGCGGACACACCCAUGCAACUUUGCCGAGGGCGAAUACUUUGGCUAUCGUGAGAAUUCCCGUUGGGUUGGCGACACCGGGGUCAAGGAGAACAUCGAAAUGCUAAACAUUCCCAAGGCCAUCCCAGCCUGGGACCACAUCGGUCGGCACAAGAUUGUGCAGGAGAACUGGGAGGAGAUCGCGCAGUUCCACAAAGAUGUGUGGGACAAGGUCGUCCGCAAGCUCUUCGUGUUGAUAUCCAUCAUCUUGGAACUGCCGGAGAACUAUCUCGCAGACGCACACGAUUACAAUGAUCGGUCCGACGACCACCUCCGAUACAUGAUUUACAACGUUCGGACCAACGAUGAGUGGGACAAAGCACAGGCAUAUUCCAAAGGUGGUCACACGGACUUUGGAAGCCUCACGCUCCUGUGGUCUCAACAUGUUGCAGGUCUCCAGAUUCGGACUCCGGAGGGCGAGUGGAAAUAUGUGCGCCCGGUCGAGGGUGGGAUCACCUGCAACACAGCAGACACGCUGACAUUCCUCACCAACGGCUAUAUCAAGUCCACUGUUCACCGGGUCGUGAAACCGCCACGCGAUCAGAUUGAUAUUGCUCGACUGGGACUGCUCUAUUUCAGCCGACCCGGAGACAAGACUAGUAUGAGAACGGUGCCUUCUCCUCUGCUCAAGAGACUAGGCCUCUUCGAAGAAGCAGACCUCGAGGACAACAAGCCAGUGCCCACGGGUACUGAUUACGUGCGCGCAAGGGUAAAAGACGUGCAUUACAAGACCGUAGUCGAGAAGCGAGAUGGGACAUCGUUUGAGUUCAAGGGAUUGAAGGUUCAAAACCAUUAUAACUAG